AUGAUCACUUAUCCAUCAGCGUUGAGUGCAGCUCGCGCGCAUGUGAAGCUGCGGUCUUCAUACUUAUACUUCACCCGACGAUGCCAUCUUACCCUUGCAAUCGAGACCUCAUGCGAUGAUACAUCCGUGGCUCUAUUAGAUAAAAGACAAUUAUCUAAUGGCAAAGUAGGAGCAAAACUCCUUUUCCAUAAGAAAGUGACAUCAAAUAACACCGAAUAUCAUGGAGUCCAUCCCCUAGUCUCUCACCGUUCGCACCAAGAGAAUUUAGCAGACUUGGUCAACGAGGCAGCUCAGCACCUGCCAUCAGGUAUCGUUCCGGACUUGAUUUGCGUCACGCGAGGUCCUGGAAUGCGCUCGAACCUUUCCACUGGUAUCGACACCGCAAAAGGAUUAGCUGUCGCAUGGCAGAGACCGUUCCUUGGUGUACAUCAUAUGCAGGCUCACGCUUUGACUCCAAGACUUGUUGCAGCAUUGCAGAAUGCUCAAGAGGCAAACACUCUAGGCUCUAGCGAAGACGUAACUGCUCAGACCUAUGCCCAACAAAAGCCGGAGCCACAGUUUCCUUUCCUUUCCGUCCUCGCGUCUGGCGGUCACACUAUACUCAUACAUUCUAGGUCCUUAGCGGACCACAGGAUUCUGGGUAGUUCAAGCGACAUAGCAAUUGGACAAUGUCUGGAUAAAGUGGCUCGCGCUGUGCUCCCACCUGAGUUAUUACGAAACGCUCGCACAACCAUGUAUGGAGCAUUACUAGAAGAGUUCGCUUUCACGGAAUUAUCGGCAGGAAAUACGAAGGGUUAUGGAGCUCAAUCAGAGAAGAGUAUUGCAGCUAAACAACACGAGGCACAAUACAGCCUUGAGGUUAACAAUGCUGAGAACUAUCGAGCAAUCUACGAAACACGAUAUGCAUAUACUGUGCCUAAGAAUGACGAAGUGGCAAGGGAACGGAAUCUGACGAAAUGGGGUUGGGCUUUUCAUCAACCGCUUACAAAGGCUGGUGGUGGACUAAAGAUCAAGUCCUUAGAGAUGAGCUUUACCGGGUUAAUGACUGCUGCAGAACGGGCCAUUCAUUUUCAGACAGAUCCGAACACUCGAAAGCUCACCAAAGUAGAGAGGUCGCCCGAAGACGUCAGUGUGGAGGAGAGGAAGAGCAUGGCGUAUGAAGCCAUGCGGGCUGCAUUUGAACAUGUAUCAAACCGCGCUGUUCUGGCUCUGCAACGAGCAGAAGAGCCACUUUCGACCAUAGUCCUCUCCGGAGGGGUUGCAGCUAACUCCUUUUUCAGAUAUAUUCUAGCAAGCACACUCUGCGCCCAGAACCUUCCGGACACCAGGCUUGUAUUCCCUCCCCCAGCUCUCUGCACAGAUAAUGCAGCAAUGAUUGCCUGGGCCGGUCUGGAGAUGUUCGAAGCGGGGCACAUAGACUCGCGAAAGAUUAGGGCUCUUCGAAAGUGGCCACUUGACCAGAUCCUUACGCCAUCGCAAGACGAUUAG